AUGGAGAAACUACCACUUCACACUGGGGAGACCCAAGGUGCCCCUAUAGUGCCAAAAUGGAUGACUCCAAGGCAGCGACCAAGCAGAGCGACUUUUUUGCGUCGUCUCUUCAUUGUUUUUUGUUUUCUAGGUGGCUACUACAUGCUGAUCCGACCACCACCAUCUACAGAUGUACCCUGCGCUGGAUGCGCGACUCCAGGGAGUGGGUACGUCCAGGAUCAGGACUAUCAACACAAAGAGGAACCGAGCGAAACACCCCAUCUUCCUAUCGCUGCUGAUUCGAAGAAGAUCCCCCUGGAGGCCCAUAUCAUGAGCAAGUGCCCCGAUGCUCAGGGCUGCAUGCAAAAACUGGUUCUUCCUGCCAUGGAGCAGAUUAGCGACAAGGUGGACUUUCAACUUUCUUUUAUUGCAAGUGUAUCUAAAGAGACCUCUGAUAUCCAAUGCAUGCACGGACCAGCUGAAUGCAUCGGUAACAUGCUGAUGCUAUGCGCCGCCAACCUGCCCUUCCCUCCCACAGAAGACAAGUCGCUCCUCCCGAACACAUAUCCUCGAACCCCCAUCAUUCGAUCAUUAGGGUUUGCAAACUGCCUUAUGAAUGACUACCCUCGAAUUCCAGCCCGGGAGCUUGUUCUUCAAUGCGCUUUGGAACACGGUAUUGAUUUCGACGCGCUGAAUACUUGCGCCAGCCAACAAGAUGAUAAUCCUGACAACAACCCUGGUCAUGGAUUGUACGGAUCUUCCCUUAGUGGAAUCGCUCUUCUACGCGAGAGUGCCCUGCACAGUGAGCGUCUUGAUGUCCAUACCAGUUGUACUGUGCGUGUGGAUGAUCAAGUCUGGUGUGUUCAUGAUGGCGGCCAGUGGAAAGAUUGUGUUCAUAAUGGAACUGGCAGCAAACCUGGAGUAUUGAUUGAUGAGAUCAACCGACUCUGGGAUCAAAGGAACUAA